AUGGCGCGCGCGGGGGUCUGGAUGCUGGUGCUCGGCGUCCUGCUCGCGCUGGCGCUGGGCCGGGCCGCGGGCGCCCCGAGGGCCAGCAGACGGCCUGCGCGGCCGCGGGGCUGCGCCGACCGGCCCGAGGAGCUCCUGGAGCAGCUGUACGGGCGGCUGGCGGCGGGCGUGCUGGGCGCCUUCCACCACACGCUGCAGCUGGGGCCGCGCGAGCAGGCGCGCAACGCGAGCUGCCCGGCAGGGGGCAGGCCCGGCGACCGGCGCUUCCGGCCGCCCACCAACCUGCGCAGCGUGUCGCCCUGGGCCUACAGGAUCUCCUACGACCCCGCCAGGUACCCGAAGUACCUGCCCGAGGCCUACUGCCUGUGCCGGGGCUGCCUGACGGGGCCGCUCGGCGAGGAGGACCCGCGCUUCCGCAGCGCCCCGGUCUACGUGCCCACCGUGGUCCUGCGGCGGACGGCGGCGUGCGCGGGCGGGCGCGCGGUGUACGCGGAGGAGUACGUCAGCGUGCCGGUGGGCUGCACCUGCGUCCCCGGCCGGCCCGGCGAGGCGCCCGCGCCCAGCCCCAGCCCCAGCCCCAGCCCCAGCCCCAGCCCCAGCGAGCGGCCGGCGCGGCCCUGA